AGGUUUGUCUGCUCUGUACACCCUACCAGCACGAUGCCUAUGACACUGGGUUACUGGGACAUCCGUGGGCUGGCUCACGCCAUUCGCCUGUUCCUGGAGUAUACAGACACAAGCUAUGAGGACAAGAAGUACAGCAUGGGGGAUGCUCCCGACUAUGACAGAAGCCAGUGGCUGAGUGAGAAGUUCAAACUGGGCCUGGACUUCCCCAAUCUGCCCUACUUAAUUGAUGGGUCACACAAGAUCACCCAGAGCAAUGCCAUCCUGCGCUACCUUGGCCGGAAGCACAACCUUUGUGGGGAGACAGAGGAGGAGAGGAUUCGUGUGGACGUUUUGGAGAACCAGGCUAUGGACACCCGCCUACAGUUGGCCAUGGUCUGCUACAGCCCUGACUUUGAGAGAAAGAAGCCAGAGUACUUAGAGGGUCUCCCUGAGAAGAUGAAGCUUUACUCCGAAUUCCUGGGCAAGCAGCCAUGGUUUGCAGGGAACAAGAUUACGUAUGUGGAUUUUCUUGUUUACGAUGUCCUUGAUCAACACCGUAUAUUUGAACCCAAGUGCCUGGACGCCUUCCCAAACCUGAAGGACUUCGUGGCUCGGUUUGAGGGCCUGAAGAAGAUAUCUGACUACAUGAAGAGCGGCCGCUUCCUCUCCAAGCCAAUCUUUGCAAAGAUGGCCUUUUGGAACCCAAAGUAGCACCACAAAGUCCAGACCUGGGGAUACUCAUGAGUGCCCUGCUGGCUGUGGGCCUAGAGCAUGGCUCUGGCGCCCACCACAUGCAGCUUUCUCCUCCUUUCCAUUCCCUGUUCCUCCAUCUCCUCUUCCCAGCCCUUGCCUCAGUCAAGCCUCAGUUCCCUGGUCUCUCCAUUUCUUCAUUAGUCCCCUCCCUUGUCUCUGCCCUGCAUCCAACCCUUCCCUCACUGAUUUUCGGAGGACUGUACCAGACCCCUGAAUCCCCAGCCUGGCCUGAGAGAUUAGAUCUCACUGUGCUGCCCUGGUCCCCAGGAAGGACCCAUUUGAUUUGCAAUAAAGUGUGAACCACA